AUGAAGCCAUCCACGGCUCAAUUCUUCCGUACCCUCCGAGCUCUGCAACAUGAGAAUCCUCUAGGGCUGCCCAGAACUGGGUCAAUCCCACGUAUGCAACGAGGUCUGCCGGAACGACGCAAGAUCAAGGAUGUUGCAAAAGUUAUUGCCGUAUCUUCAGCCAAAGGAGGAGUAGGCAAAAGUACAGUCGCCGCAAAUUUGUCUCUUGCCUUUGCACGGCAAGGUCACCGCACUGGUAUAUUAGACACGGAUAUAUUCGGGCCAUCUAUUCCAACAUUGUUUAACCUUUCUGGAGAACCACGGUUAUCAUCCAAUAAUCAACUAGUUCCCAUGUCCAACUAUGGCGUCAAAACCAUGUCCAUGGGCUACCUGGUGGGCGAAGACGCACCCGUCGUGUGGCGCGGACUCAUGGUGAUGAAGGCUUUACAGCAGCUCCUCCACGAAGUGGAAUGGGGUGGUCUGGAUGUCUUGGUACUCGACUUGCCGCCUGGAACUGGCGAUACGCAACUCUCCAUUACCCAACAGAUUGUGCUCGACGGCUCAGUUAUUGUGACUACACCACAUACGCUGGCGGUAAAAGAUGCAGUAAAGGGUAUCAACAUGUUUAAAAAGGUCAAUGUGCCUAUUCUGGGACUGGUUCAGAAUAUGAGCAUCUUUAAUUGUCCCUGCUGCAAUCACGAGACGGCGGUAUUUGGGACGGGUGACAAGGUCAAGACUGUUUGUCAAGAGUAUGGUAUAGACGUUCUUGGUGACAUUCCUCUACACCCCAAUAUUGGCGACCAUGGCGAACAGGGAAAGCCCACUGUGGUGUCGGAACCGGAUAGCCCAAGAGGCCAGGCAUUUGCAGCUAUUGCUCAAGACAUAGGUAGAAGGAUUGGUCUAUGA